ACAUGAAUCAAUAUUCCAUGAGCGCAUUUCACGGAAAAAUUGAAGAAAUACCGGGAAUUCACGUUGAUAACUUUGAAAAUGCAUCAGUCACGAAACCUAGAGCAUUCUUUUUGAGUCACUGCCAUUCGGAUCAUAUCCAAGGACUUCAUUCAAAUAUGCUGUUAAAUUACUUACUCAACAAUAAUAUAUUUAUCUAUACAAGUGAAUUAUCUGCCGCUAUUAUUAAUGAUGAGAAGAAAGAUGAGAGAAUAAUGAAUUUUGUGAAGGUUCUCAAAUUAGGUAAGCAAUUUUUAAUACCUUUUUUACACUCUUACAGUUACAGUGCCCAUGUCAUAUCCACUUGGAAACAUUAUCUAAGGAGGUUAAUUCCAUGGUCCCGUGAAUCAUGUGCAACACUUAUAACAAUACCACAGAGAGAUCAAGAAGUAGAGGAGCUGGUCACAGUGACGUUAAUACCAGCAGCUCAUAGUGCUGGCUCCGUAAUGUUUCUCUUCCAAACAGUCUCUACAACCGUCCUCUACACUGGGGACUUUCGUAUGAAUACUUCUGACAUUCAUCGGUAUGCAGCCUUGAACAGUGAUGGUCCAAUUAAAAUUGAUUCCAUGUAUGUUGAUACAACCUUCAUUGAUUUGAAGUAUGAGAAUUUCCCAAAACGGUCAUACAGUAUUGAAAAAAUGAUUGCCGAGAUUGCUAAGUGGCUCAGUAGAGGCGGUGUUGCUUUGCACACAUCUGCCAAGUACGGAUAUGAAUUUGUUUUUAAUGAGAUCUACAGGAGUCUUGCAAUGAAGGUGUAUGUAAAUGAGGAACGGUGGAGAUUCUAUAGGUAAUUUUUCUCUUAUUUA